AGAAUUUUAGCUCCUCUGGGUGGAGCCGAUGUAGAUUGAGUCGUGGAAACACUGCUCAGUGCUCUAGUCUAAUUCAGCAGCUUGGUCUUUCGAUCGGUCCGUGCAUUUUGGAGACCUUUCAGGACUGUCAGACCAUCUCGCUUGUCUUGGGUUUGGAUACCUCUAAAACCGUUUGCAGUGAAAAGCAACCUCAGGCCAUGGCCAACAUACCUUUCCAAGACCAGACGUCGCCCUUGAUCACGGCACCUCCACGUUUUGUAUUGCUGGCUGAUCCAAAUGUCGUUGGCAACAUUCUCAUCGGAUGCACCGACAACUUUGAGCAGAUCAGUGGUUGGAGCAGGCAGGAGGUCCUCGGGAUGCCGUGUGACUUCCUACUGGAGGGCUGCGGGAACUUGGUGUCCCAAAUUCAAGCGCUGAAGUCCUCCAUGCUCCAAGCCGAUGAGUUUAUUGGAGUUCUGAUGGCCAGAAGAAAAUCCGGGCUGCUGUUUUCCAAUUUGACGCACAUGUUCAGUAUCAUCGUGGGUGGUCGGCGCUACCUCCUCUUGAUCCAGGCUGACGUUUCAGACAUUGCGAUUGACCUGUCGCAACCGAUGCAGGUCUUAGCUGUCCGGCAGAUUGCUGUUUCAAUUCUUCGCUCUGACAUAGAUGCAUGGGUGCUACAGCAGUAUGCAAGCUUUUAUCAAAGCCCAACGCCGCAACCUCAACUUCCCCAAAUGCAGCAAGCAUAUGCCCAGGAGAUUAGAGGUGAUGGGAUCGCGUCAAAGAUGGAACUGGAUCGGUCUCUUCUAACCCCUCAACAGCCUUGUCUCAAGGAACUUGCUCCUGAUCCGGCGGAAAUUCCGCAAAUUCCGCUGGUUGCAUCGCCUGGGAGGAAUUCCUUGCGAUGGGCUGAUUGGCAAGAACAGGUUCCGAUGCCGGAAUUCUACGACACACCCACCAGCCUCGGUCAGCAAGACACGGAUUUGAUCAUCCCAGAAUAUCCCGAAGCUCUGCCAGUGGGACGUCAGCUUGAAGCAUCCACCGAGCCAUGCCCCAGCUUGGGAAGUGUCAAUCAUCCACAUGGCUGCACAGAGUGCCAAUUCCAUUUCUUUAGCAGGGCAGGGUGCCGCAUGGGUGCCGAUUGCAGGUUUU